AUGCGCCGACACCUGAAAUCCCUGCUCGCCGGCCUGCUCGCGGCGGUCCUCGCGCUGUCCAUCCUGGCGCGGGCCGAAGAGAUCCUGCGCGGCCGCAUGAUCGAGGCCGAGCUGGAGCGCGACGACGGCCGCUGGUUCUAUGAGCUGACGCUGCUCGGCCCGGAGGGGCGGGUGGUCGAGGCGCUGUUCGAUGCCGAGACGGCCGAACUGCUGGAGCUGGAGGGCGAGAUUCUGGUGGUCGAGGACGACGCCCGCCUGGCGCAUCAGAUCGCCCAGGCGCUGGAGGCGGCCGGCCACGCGGUCGACCGCGCCGAGGACGGCGAGGAGGGCAAGUUCCUGGGCGAGACCGAGCCCUACGACGCGGUGGUGCUGGACCUGGGCCUGCCGCAGCGCGACGGCCUGUCGAUCCUGCGGGCCUGGCGGGCCGAGGGCAACGCCGUGCCGGUGGUGGUGCUGACCGCCCGCGACGGCUGGCACGAGAAGGUCGAGGGCAUCGACGCCGGCGCCGACGACUACCUGGCCAAGCCCUUUCGCAUGGAGGAGCUGCUGGCGCGUCUGCGCGCGGUGCUGCGACGCGCCGGCGGGCGGGCGAGCGACCUGCUGAGCUUCGGGCCGGUCACCCUGGACCUGCGCAGCGCCCAGGUGACCCGGGACGGCGUGCCGGUGCCGCUGACGGCGCACGAGUACAAGGUGCUGGCCUACCUGGCGCACCGCGCCGGCAGCACGGUCAGCCGCAGCGAGCUGACCGAGCACGUCUACGCCCAGGACUUCGACCGCGACAGCAACACCCUGGAGGUCUUCGUCGGGCGCCUGCGCCGCAAGCUGGGCCGCGACCUGAUCGUCACCGAGCGCGGCCUGGGCUACCGCCUG